CAGGGUUUAGGAGCCGUUGCUGUGGACGGAGAGACGGGGGCGUGAGCGGACAUUGAGGACGGCCAGGGUGCCAGUGAGCCCCCAUCUGCUCGGUGUGCGGGCUGAGCUUCGAGCUGCUGAGCCGCGAUGGAGGACCACAUGACGGGGCACAACAAGGAGAGGCGUUAUGAGUGCGACGUGUGUGGCAAGCCCUCGCAGUGCCCGAGCCACCUGGAGAUCCAACGGCGGGUGCACACGGGAGAACGCCCCUUCAACUGCACGGAGUGCGGCAAGAGCUUCACCAGCUCCAGUAUCCUGCUGCGACACAACCGCGUGCACUCCAGCGAGAGGCCCUUCACCUGCUCCGUCUGCGGCAAGACCUUCAAGAGGGCGAGUCACCUGAAGAAGCAUCGGCGGGUGCACACGGGCGAGAAGCCCUAUUGCUGCUCCACAUGCGGCAAGAGCUUUGCCCAGUCGUCGGCGUUGUGUGAGCACCGGCGGGUGCACAGCAGUGAA